AUGAAGAAAGAAAAGAUAAAGAAUGAAGUCAUUGAUCUCACGAAAGAUGGUAUCGACAAUGAUAUUAAGAGCUACUUGUCUCUGGGACCAGAUUUUUGUGAAGCUCCCACAAGAGUUCUGUAUGAACGUAUUAUAGCAGAAACAGAGAAAAUGUGUACAAAGAUAAAGAGAGAAGGCGAGAUUAAUGAAAUUGAUGAAGAAAUAGUUGAACAUAAAAUUGGUGACAUACGUGAAAAUGUAAAAGUUAUUUUGGAGAAAGCUAGACACAAAAAGUAUAAAACGAAUUUGACGAAAGAAGAGUUAAAUGGAAAAAAGAAGGCUCCACAAGAUAAAAUAAAAGUAUUCUUACCGGCAGAUAAAGGACGGAUAAUGGUAGCUAUGGACAGAUUUGAAAAUGAAGGUGGUGAACAAAGUUAUGAAUACAAAAUGAAACAAGUAUUGGUUGAUCUCAAGGCAAAACCUUCCAUAAGAGCAAAAAAGGACUGGGAUUUGACUGAUAAAGUUUGUCGAGAUGGUACAAGGGUUAUCGAAACGAUUGUCGAAAGAGGAGAAAUUUCAAAAGAGGAUGCGGAACGGUUAAAACCAAAGGAUUGUCACACCCCUAGGUUAUCAAGAUUGCCAAAAAUCCACAAAGAUGGUGUUCCAUUAAGAGGUGUGGUCUCAACGGUAGGAUCGCCUUUUGAAAAACUAUCAAGAUUUGUCAUUCCAAUUCUGAGAACAAUUCAGGGAAUCUAA